GUUGAUGUGUUCAUAGUUCAUACGUGACAUGAUUUAUUUUGUAUUAUGUGUGUGAUUUCCUCUAGUAGCACGUAACAUAUGGAUGUUGGAGGUCAAAAUCGAAUGUGAAUUCAAUCUUCCAGUCUCUACUACCCUAGAUCAUCUUUAUCCCUACUCUAUAAUUUACUUCAAAAAUGGAGUGGUGAUGAAGAUGCCCUAACGUCCCCCAAUUGUUAAGGAACAAAUUUGUUUUCUAAAUGACUACUUAUUGUUUGAUGGAAAUUUUUCUAACUAACAAAAUUGUAGAGGACAUGCAUUACCCUUUCGAAAAAUGUCAUUAUAAACUACUAGUUAUAAAGAAUCUAGAAGUAGUGAGAUAAGCUAAUUGUUAUUUUCGCAUUCUAACAAAAGAGAAAAUGGACCACACAGCCGUUCAAGCAUUACAAUCAACAGCCUACCAGUCAAUGAAUAAUAGUAGAUGUGAUCGGUUAAUCGUACAACAUACACAUGAAAGACACAUAAUUACAAAUAAAUUCAACUAAGAGACACAUAUGCCUCUUACAGUCCACACAAGAGUUUCUUUCCCCGAGAAGAUAUAAAAAUGUUUUCAUCUCGUCUUCCUGCAUGACUGUAUUACAUACAUAGGACAUAUUACAUAUCUUCAUCUUCGCUACCAAAAUACAUGGACAUUAAAGAAAACAACGAGUCUCCAGUUUUGAGAUCUACCGAACUUCAACUUCAUGAUUCAGUUUGUGCAAGAACAGGAACGUUGUGGACGGCAGUGGCACAUAUAAUUACAGGAGUGAUCGGAGCAGGAGUUUUGUCGUUGGCGUGGGCCACGGCGAAGCUUGGCUGGAUAGGUGGUCCUGCCGCCCUUAUAGGCUUCGCCGGAGUCACACUUGUCUCUGCUUUUCUUCUCUCCGACUGCUAUCUUUUUCCUGAUCCCGACAACGGUCCCCUCCGCCUUAACUCUUACUCUCAAGCCGUGAAAGUGUAUUUAGGGAAGAAGAACCAGAUCGUAUGUGGGGUCUGUGUAUACAUUAGCCUUGUUGGUGUUGGCGUUGCUUAUACCAUUGUGACAGCUACUUGCAUAAGAGCAAUUUUUAGAUCGAAUUGUUAUCAUAGAAAAGGACACUACGCAACAUGUUCUUAUGGAGACAAGAACAACUACUUCAUGCUUUUGUUCGGUGUGCUUCAGAUUUUUAUGUCACAAAUACCUAAUUUCCACAACAUGCUUUGGCUCUCUGUUGUCGCUGCGGUUAUGUCUUUUGCUUACUCCUCCAUUGGUCUCGGCCUCGCUUUUGGCCAAAUCAUAGAAAACCGGCAAAUUGAAGGAAGUGUAAAGGGAAGUCCAGCAGAAAACAGAGGUGCAAAAGUAUGGUUAGUGUUCCAAGCUCUUGGGAACAUUGCCUUUUCUUAUCCUUUCUCAAUCAUACUUCUUGAAAUUCAGGAUACAUUGAGAUCGCCACCAGCAGAGAAACAAACUAUGAAGAAAGCCUCGGCCGCUGCCGUAUUCAUCACAACAUUCUUCUACCUUUGCUGCGGAUGUUUUGGUUACGCAGCAUUUGGAGAUGCCACACCGGGAAAUCUCUUGACCGGUUUCGGUUUCUAUGAGCCAUUUUGGCUCGUCGAUUUCGCUAACGCUUGCAUUGUUCUUCAUUUAGUUGGUGGAUAUCAGGUCUAUAGCCAACCAAUUUUUGCAGCUAUGGAAAGAGUGCUAACAGAGAGAUACCCACAAAACAAGCUCAUCACCAAAUUCUACGGCUUCAAACUGCCAUCAUCACGAGGAGUAACGGUGACACUGAGUCCAAUGAGGUUGUGUCUGAGAACGACGUAUGUGGUGAUAAUUACAGGAGUGUCAAUAUUAUUCCCAUACUUCAAUGAAGUACUUGGAGUCUUAGGGGCAGUUGGGUUUUGGCCUUUGGCUGUGUAUUUUCCUGUGGAGAUAUGUAUAUUGCGGAAGAAGAUCCCAGUUUGGACGCGAAAAUGGCUUCUUCUUAGAGGUUUCAGCUUUGUUUGCUUGCUCGUCUCUCUCUUGGCUCUUGUUGGAUCCAUUUAUGGACUUGUCGCAGCAAAACUCCGAUGAUUAAACAACUUACUAUGAAACAUUCUAGGUUUGAAAAAAAAAACAUACAAGGUUUGUUUUGGUUUUAAUGUUUUUAUUUGUGUGUAUGCAUUGUUGCAUUUACUUACGGGUGUGUUUUAACAAAGAUUAUCUUAUUUAUUUUAAAAUGUGACAUGAUCAUUAAAUUGUCAAAUGUGUUAGGUAAUAUAAUUUUGAAGAUUUAUAUA